CGCAUUCGCGCAUCGACUGAAAUCUCUCUCUCUCUCUCUCUCUCUCUCUCUCUCUCUCUCUCUCUCUCGGUCUCGCGAUGAGAGGAGUUGCAUUAAUAGUUUGUUUUAUCGUUAUUUCAAAUCCGCGUCCCGGUUAUCAUGUUCUCGCCGAUAACGAGGACAUCGCUUGUCCCGAAUUCAAAAGCAUCCCGCUGGUCGGGCCGCUGCUGCUCUUAACGAGCUCGCGAUCUCCGCAAAAAAGCCCGGUGACGUUUUAUUUGUCAACCGUCAAAGAGAGGAGCGCAGUGCGCGUAAAGGAGCCAAAUUGGCCGCUGCUGAUCAGGACUGGUUUCGAUUUUUCCAAAAAGCUGUAUAUCGUCGUUCACGGCUACAUGGGCAAGAGUCACGACGAGUGGAUUUUGGAUUUGAAAUAUAAACUCCUGGAGUUGGGCGAUGGCAACGUCUUCCUCGUCGACUGGAAGGCUGGCAGUAACGACAUUAACUACGUAAACUCGGCGCGAAAUACAGAAGUCGCGUCUGCAGCCAUAUUCAACUUUUUAGAUUCGCUAAAGAAAGUAAUUAACGAGCGCACGGUCGACAAGACAAAUUGGCGAGGGGUAUACUUCAUCGGGCACAGUUUGGGCGCUCAAGUGAGCGCGCAGGCCGCGCACCUACUGAAGGAGGAUCGUUUUUGGACGGUUGAUAGAAUUACCGGCCUGGAUCCGGCCAAGCCUUGCUUCACCCGGACCAAUCUGCAGUGGAAGAUCGAUAAGGGCGAUGCUAAUUUCGUUGAUAUCAUUCAUACGCAGGCUGGAGAGGAUAAUAAAGGGAUAAAUUCGCUCGGCUUGAAAGAGAGUUUAGGUCACGUCGAUUUUUACGUCAACGGCGGUGUAAUUCAGCCCAAUUGUGCAAACCUAUUUCUAGCUCCCAUGCUGAUUCAGAUGGGCUGCAGUCACAAGCUGUCGCAUAUAUAUUUCGCAGAAUCGAUAACUAAUUCGAUUAAAGGGAAUUGCAAAUUCGCUAGUUACCCGUGGGACGGUUCUUACGAAGAUGCAAUCAUAGCUUUCAAAAAGAGAAAAAACGGUGAAUUUUGUUCCGAUUGUCCUGAAAUGGGUAUCAACGCUUCGAAAAGCACCAAGCGAGGAAAUUUCAUCGUGAUCACCGCGGCCGAAUCGCCGUAUUGCGGUUUCAGUGACAAAGAUCAAGUACCUAUCAUGCAAGUGCUCGGACAACUAAUGGACGCUCCUCCUCUGGGGAAGUAAAUAAUAAAUCGACUUUGCAAUUAAAAGUAUUAACAUUUUUGGAAAAAUAUCAAA